GAAUCAUGAUCUGUCUUUCAAUUCAAUUCAAUGUAGAAUGUAGUCUAUCUAUGCUGUGUUAUUUAUUAGUGUCUUUGCCAUUUGUAGUAGGAAGAAUGGAAGAAUUGAAGAAAACAAAAUAAGAAUAUGAUGAGAUGCUUUGUUAGACAAAGACCAACACCAAUUCACCACGGUCACAGUAAUGUAUAAUUAUGGAAAGGUACCUGAUUCAAAUACCAUCUAAAGCCACUACUGCCAGUCCUGAAACUCCUGAAUCUGAAUGUCUUGAUGCAGCACUCGAUCCUACUUUGGAACAUUUCCAGAAGGCACCAAAGGCACCAUGCCCUAGUAUUCAAAUAGAUGAUGAAACUGAAAGGACUAAUAAAAAUAAAGAUGAACCAAAAAAACUGAAGCAAACAUUCCAACAGAAGUAUAACAAGAGUUGGGAAAGUAGAUUUCCAUGGUUGCUAUCGAAGGAUGAAAGAAAAAUAUCAUGCAAAUGUUGUAAUGCAAUUAUAACAUGCAAUUUAAGUCAUAUAAAACGGCAUGAAAAUACAGGGAAACAUCAAAGACUAUACAAAAAGUCAAUCAGCACCCCACAAUUAUCAUCACUCAAAAAAGUAAGAGAAGUUAAUAAAUUGAAUAAAAAAACACAAAUCGCAGAAUAUAAGUUAUUGAUGUUCCUACAUGAACAUAACCUUCCAUUUUUAUUAAUGGAUCACAUACCAAAAAUGUUAAGUUCUGCUUUUCCUGAUACAGAAACUAUAAAGAAUUUAAAAUGUUCAAGAACAAAAGCAACUCUCAUUACAAAAGAAUGUUUGGCCACACAAGCAUUAGAUGACAUCGCAGCAGAUACACAGAAUUGUUAUUAUUCAUUGAUUGUUGAUGAAACUACUGAUGUGUCAACAAAGAAAUCCCUUGCCAUUGUUAUACGUUACCAUAAUGGAACUUAUGUAAAAGACAGAUUUUUAUGCUUGUCUCAAGUGAAUUCAUGUUAUGCAGGUAGUUUAUUCAAAACAGUGUGUGAUGUAUUAAGACAAAAUAAAAUCCCCUUUGAAAAUUUAGUUGGUUUCGAUGCAGAUAACGCUAGUGUAAUGAUGGGUGAUAAAAGUGGCCUGAAAGCAAGGUUCAGAGAUAUUAACCAAAAUAUAUUUGUAAUAGGGUGUGUUUGUCACUCCUUUGCCCUAUGUUCAUCUUCAGCUUGCUUAAAAUUACCUAGAAGUUUGGAGGAGUUUAUAAGGCAGAUUUACAAUCAUUUCGCCAACAGCAGCAAAAGGUUAGAAGAUCUGCAUCAAUUUCAGAGUUUCUUGAACCAGAAACCAUACAAGAUGUUACAUCCAGCUCAGACUAGAUGGCUCUCCUUACAAGCUGUAGUAGAUAGAGUCCUACUAUCCUGGGAUGCUCUGAAACUUUAUUUUACCAGUGCUGUCAUGAUAGAUGGUCUUCGAAGUAGCCAAACAGUAUUGGAUAGUUUGAACACACCAAUAGUGAAAAUUUAUUUACUAUUCUUAAACUACAUUUCAAAUAUUGUGAAUAAAUUGAAUCUAGAAUUCCAAAGUGAAAAACCCAAAAUAUAUAUUUUGAGCCAAAGAAUUUCAGAGUUAUUUAGAACCCUUUUAAGAAAUUAUAUUAAUGUUACACAUUUGAAUACAACAGAACUCGAUAAUAUAUCUCCCAGCAAUCCUGAUCAUUUUUUACCAAUUGAAAAUAUGUAUUUUGGGUCGAAAGUUCAAAUAAUGAUCCAAGAGGUUAAUGAUCCACAGGAAAUACAAAAGUUUAGAGUUAAUGCCCUGGCAUUCUAUGUAGAAUUAUGUUGCCAAAUUAAAAAAAGAUUUAAUUUUAAUGAUCCCCUUUUAACAUUUUUAUCAAAUUUUUCUGUCAAUAAGGCUAUUUCUGGUGAAAUAUUGAGCAUCACUGAGAUAGCCCAGGUAGCACAUCAUAUUGGCUGGAACCCGAUUUCAUAUUGGGCCGAUAUAGAUAUAUCGUACAUGUGAAACAUAAUAUAGGUCCAAUAUGAGAGUAUAUCGGACAUACAAUAUUGAAAUGAUAAUAUUGGUGGAAUAUUGGUUCAACCUGAGCUGAAUAUGGAUUGUCAGCUACAAUAUUGGAGCAAUAUUGGUUGUAAAAUUCGUUAACAAUGUGUUGAAAAACAUAUUCAUAAAUGUUAUAUAAUAUUGUUUUACAAAUGUCGAUACAACAACAUCGUAUACAUAUUGUUUCCGACAUCAAUAACCAAUAUCGCAAUUUGAACAUUCUCCCCAUGUCGAUUCUGAAGCGGUUAUGCAAUAUUGUAUAUUCAAGUUAACCGGAAUAUUGGUUGGAUAUUGUUUUAACAAUAUUUGAAACAUCAUAUUCACCUAUAUUGAUUGAUAUCAUUUUAUCUAUAUCAUGCGGAAGAUAUCGUAUACAUUUUGUUUCUUACAUUUAUAACCAAUAUCGUGAUUUCAAUAUUCUCUUCAUGUCGAUUCUGAAGCGGUUGUGCAAUAUUGUAUAUUGAAGUUCGAUGGCAUAUUGGUUGAAUAUUGUUUCAACAAUAUUCGAAACAUCAUAUUCACCUAUGUUGAUUGAAAUCAUUUCAUCCAUACCAUGCGAAAGGUAUCGUAUACAUAUUGUUUCCAACAAUUAUAACCAAUAUAGCAAUUUGAACAUUCCUUCCAUGUCAAUUCUGAAGCGGUUAUGAAAUAUUGUAUGUGCGAGUUCGACGGCACAUUGGUAGAAUAUUGUUCCAAAAAUAUUUGGCACAUCGGAUUCACCUAUAUUGAUUGAUAUCAUUUCGACUAUAUCACGCGGAAGAUAUCGUAUAUAUAUAUUGUUCCCAACAAUUAUAACCAAUAUCGCAAUCUGAACAUUCUCCUCAUGUCGAUUCUGAGGCGAUUAUGCAAAAUUGUAUAUUCGAGUAAAACGGCUCAUUUUUGAAUACUGUUUAUUCGACAAUAUUCAAAACAUCAUAUUUACCCAAAUUGAUUGAUAUCGUUCCAACUAUAUCAUGCGAAAGACAUGGAAUGCAUAUAUUGUUUCAAAUAUGAAUAUCAAUAACGGCAAUUCAAUAAAUGUCUUAUAUCGGUCAUAGAAGAGGAAAACAAUAUUGUAUUUUCAAAUUCAAUUGCAUAUCGGUUGAAUAGUUUUCCAGGAAUAUUCAGAAAGUAAUAUCAUCUUAUAUUGGCUGAUAUCUGAUUCACUAUAUCAUGUGAGCAAUAUUGUUUACAUAUUGUUUUAAGAAUACAUAUCGAUAUCGAAAUUUCGAUAUGAAUUCCAUAGCAUGCACUCUCAAACCGAUGUCGAUAGAUGGCGCUAUAAAUGAUUCGUAACGAACUCCCAUUGCCGAUCAGACGAGAGAAUAUAAAUAUUGGCUCUAGACGAUUGUAAAGCAUCAUUACCUGGAGUAGGAUCAAUAAGGCGGCUUCCCCGAGGCAAGGCCCUCCCAUUGCACUUCGGCUGGACUGACCUUUGUGAUUAUUCCUAAUGCGAAUAACCCGCAAAUAUUGAUAUGAAAAUAUUCCACCAAUAUUCCGAAGACAACAUAGCUACAUAAUGAUUUUCAAUAAUGUACCAAUAUUUCCAACCAAUAUUGCACCAGUAUAUUACUAUAAUAUUCCAGCAAUAUUGGUAUGACAAUAUUCUACCAAUAUUUUUGAGACAACAUAGCUUCAUGAUGUUUUUCAAUGAUCCACCGAUAUUUCCAUAUAAUAUUGUCGAAUGUUCACCAUUAAUUUCUCGCCAAUAUUGAUAUUACAUUUUGUGACCAAUAUAACUCCACGAAUAUUCAACCAAUAUUGAUAUGAGAAUAUUCUACCCACAUUUGGGAACUGAUAUUGUACCAAUAUCGCCGAAUGUUCACAUUUUUUUUCUCGCCUAUAUUACUUUCACAAUAUUUCGCCGAUAUUUUCAUAAUAUUGCACCGAUAUUGUCCCAAUAUAUGUGUGCUACUUGGGAGGGAUUUUUUUUCCACAGAUAAAUGUAAAUUUAGAAAAUUUAAACUCUGAAUGGAGAUACUUAGCAGAUGCCACAGAUUUCAAAAAAUAUAGUGACAUGGAUUUUGGAGAAUUCUGGCACAAGAUUUUGAUGUGC